AUGAGGAAGCCGCGAUGCGGUUUCCGAGAUAUCCUGAAGCACGGAACGAAAGCGAGUCUAUCCAAAUGGCCGAAGACGCACCUGACGUGGAAUUUUUACGUAGCCGAUGAGGCCGAGCUGAGCACGGCGCGGGUCGCGUUCGACCUGUGGUCGCAGCAUUCGGCAUUGACGUUCGAACGCUCCAAAACGAAUCCCGACAUUAUAAUAUCUUGGCGACGCCUACGUCACUAUAACACGAAUACCAAGGUAAACAGACAAAUUUGCUCGGACAGCUUCGACGGUCCUGGUAACGUGCUCGCACACGCGUCUCUCCCGACGGACGAAGCGGGGUUCGUCUCCGAGGUGCACGUCGACGGGGACGAGCCGUGGCACAUUUACAUCAAUAAACACCCCGCGGAUAGGUUUUUCCUGCAUUACACGCUGACACACGAGAUCGGUCACUCUCUCGGAUUGUUGCACAAUAGACGCAAAACAUCGGUGAUGUUCGCGUUCACGCCCGACAAGCAGUAUCCGGUCAGGCUCGACCAAAACGACAUUGCUGAAAUUCAACGUUUGUACGGUAAAAAAAUUACGAACGAGGCCCCGCAGACGCCGGCGCCGGCGCCGCCGCCGCCAAUGCCGGACCUGUGCAGCCUCGAUCGCGUGAACGGGAUAUUGAUUUUGGAAAAUCGCAUGUACAUCUCGUACAAGCGUUACGUUUGGUUGAUCGAUCUGGACGGUAGGACGUACAACGGGCCUUUAGCCUUUUCGCAUCACAAAAGCUUUCUUCACGACAAUUACACGCGCGUGACCGCCACCUAUCAAUCCCCGUCCGGCGAUCUCGUGGUGUUCGUAGAUAAUUUGAGGACGUCCUUCGUGGUGUUCAACGGUAACUCGGUGGGCGAAAUAGACGAAUGCGACAAGGACAAGAGAGUCGCCAAAUUUACGCCUCUCGAGGCGACGUUUCCCGGAAUACCGACCGGCGUGACGUCGAUCUUCUGCUACGUCGACAGCCAUCUGUACUUCACCACUCGGACGCAGUUCUACAAAUUCAACGAAUUUACGAGGACCGUCUCGUCGGCCGAUAAAUUCGAUCUGCGGAUAUUAAAUAUCCUAAGGCCGAGCUGUUGCAGCAGUUGCGCGAUCUCCUCAAUCGAAUCGUACGCCUCAAAGAUGAUUUAA